CUGCGUGCGCGCUAGAAAGUUUGUCCCUCGUCGCGGCACGUCAGGAGGGUUGCCAAGGAAGAGAGCGGCGGACGCUGAGAAGGAGCUUCACGGUCGUCAUGACUUCUACUGCGGACACUCUAUGGGAGGACAGGGACGUCCGCUUCGACAUCUCCUCGCAACAAAUGAAAAUGAGACCAGGAGAAAUUCUCAUUGAUUGUUUGGAUUCUAUUGAAGAUACCAAAGGAAACAAUGGAGACAAAGGAAGACUCUUGGUGACAAAUUUAAGGAUUAUUUGGCACUCAGUAGCACUGCCUAGAGUCAACCUCUCUGUAGGUUACAAUUGCUUCGUGAAUAUAACAACAAGAAUGGCUAAUUCUAAGUUAAGAGGCCAGACAGAAGCACUUUAUAUAUUAACCAGAAGCAACGCGACACGUUUUGAAUUCAUAUUUACCAAUGUGGUUCCUGGCAGUCCCAGACUUUUUACGUCGGUUAUAGCUGUGCACAGAGCAUAUGAAACAUCAAAAAUGUACCGUGAUCUAAAACUGAGAUGUGCACUAAUUCAAAACAAGCAGUUAAGAUUGCUACCAAAAGAACAAGUAUAUGACAAAAUAAAUGGAGUCUGGAAUUUAUCUAGUGAUCAGGGAAAUCUGGGUACCUUUUUUAUUACGAAUGUGAGAGUAGUUUGGCAUGCUAAUAUGAACGAUAGCUUUAAUGUCAGCAUACCAUAUCUACAAAUUCGCUCAGUAAAGAUCAGAGAUUCAAGAUUUGGCUUGGCACUUGUCAUUGAAAGCUCUCAGACGACUGGAGGGUAUGUCCUUGGGUUUAAGAUCGACCCAGCUGAAAAACUGCAGGAAGCAGCGAAGGAAAUAAAUUCAAUUCAUACAGUCUAUUCCGUUAAUCCUAUAUUUGGUGUGGAUUAUGAAAUGGAAGAAAAGCCUCAGCGCCUAGAAGACCUGACGGUGGAACAGGUACAAGAUGAUGUUGAGAUAGAAUCAGAGGAGCCCACAGAUGCUUUUGUGGCUUAUUUUGCUGAUGGUAAUAAGCAACAGGAUCGUGCGCCAGUUUUUUCUGAAGAGCUUGGACUGGCAAUAGAAAAACUGAAGGAAGGAUUCACCCUGCAAGGACUCUGGGAAGUAAUGGGUUGACAGUAAUUUAAUGAAAUGCAUAGCCAGUAAAAGUCAUACCUCAGUACUUUUUAUAAAGCUUCUACUCCUACCUGUGUUACAGAGAUUAUUAAUAUAUUUUAAAAUAUUAAAAGAGAUUAUGUACAGUGUAUAGUUAUAAGAAGAUAUAUUUAUAAAAUACAUAUUAAUGCAAUGCGUUUAUAAAUUUUCAUAUAGUGCUUUUAACGCUUACAUUUUUAUUUGCUUAAUUAGGACGUGUGUUGAUUUGCUAAUGACUAUAAGUAUUUAAGGAAACAAAAUGGAAAGAUUUGUAUUUCUAAACAAUCACUGUCACUGUGACGUAGAAUGUCUUAGCAAGUAUUUUCCAACUGUGACUUAAUCGUUAAAUCUUAUUCUUAGCUCAUUCCACUAAGGUACAAGACAUCCUGUUAUUUUGGAAGCGUGCUGGGUCCCAGCCUGGAAGAGGCUUUUAUGAACUCUGUCAGCAGUUUGACAGAUUUUGCUCUUUGUAUUUGUCAUAAGCAUCACAUACAUUGUAUGUAGCCAUUCUCUUUUUAUCUGUUCAGAGUAGUUUUUUGCUCUUUUUCUCAAUUAGUUUAAACUUAAAACUGUUUUGACCAUAUUAGCUGAUUCUUCUUUGUCAGUAACAAUGAAGCUACCAGUCUGUAUUCACCGAGGUGGGUGGUAACUAAAGUGUAUGUCUCGUUUUGUUUAUUGUAUCAUAUUUUUCUGUGUUCUACUGCAUUCAGAAAACAUACUUAACAUAUUAACUUGGAAAUAAAUCUAACUGAUUUAAAAUCA